UGUAUUUGUAGUAUAUUAUUAUAGAGUUUUUGAUAAUGACUGUUAGACAAAAGGUGUUAUUACUUGAAAAGCCAAAGAAGGACUACAUUUCUGAAUUUGAAAAGAAGUUUGACUUGGUUUAUUAUCAGUUGACUACUUUAGAACAAACUAUCAUCGACUUCGAGACUAAAUUCAAAGACGUUGUUGCUAUAUAUGGAGGUUGGGUCGGAUUCGCCCAAUUGGGUGGAUUCCGAGGUAAGUUGGUCGCGUUUGCUCCCAAACAUUUAAAAAUCAUAACUACUUGUAGCAUAGGCUACGACCAUUACGAUGUAGAAGCUAUGAAGGAAAGGGGGAUAAUAUUAACCAAUGUCCCAUCAACCAUUGCAUUUGAAGCCGUGGCUGAUUUGGUAUUGUACAAUGCCAUUGCCAGUUUUAGAAACUUCAAAAUUUUUGAAAAGAAUUUCGAUGGAAAGUUUUCCGAACAUACCGGUAUGUUAAGAACCUCGUUGGUGCAUGGUAAAUUCAAUCAACAUACCGGUAAGGCUGAUAUCAGACCUACUGUUGGUAACGUAUAUGCUGAUUCUUGCUGUGGGAGAGAAUUGGUUUCUCCUAGGGGUAACAAUGCCGUUAUUGUUGGGUUUGGACAUAUUGGGAAAUUGAUUGCAGAAAGAUUAUCAUGCAUCGGAAUGAACAUUCAUUAUGUCAAGAGAAAUAAAUUGUCUGAACAAGAAGAAAACAGCUUAGGCUAUAAAGUAACAUACCAUGAAACGUUAGACUCAACUAAGGAUAUCGCUGAUUUGAUAGUCAUUGCAUGUCCAGGUACGCCAUCAACUAGACAUAUGAUUGAUGCAACAUUCAUCAGAAACAUGAAUAAGCAAUUCAGAAUAAUCAAUAUUGGAAGAGGAUUCAUUAUUGAUGAGCAUGCUUUAGUUGAAGGAUUAAGACUGGGGAAAGUCUUAUUUGCUGGUUUGGACGUUUUUGAAGCUGAGCCUACCGUGCAUCCAGAUUUGCUUAAUCGACAAGAUGUGGUGUUGACACCCCAUAUCGGGUCUUCGGUUACUGAAAAUGAUAGGUAUACUGCCAAGACUUGUUUGAAUAAUAUCGAAACUGUCUUGUCGGGGUAUAAGUUGACUGGUGUGGUGUGAUUUAUUUAUUGGUAUAUAGACUGGAUAGAAGUUUUAAGUUUUGUUUUAAUAAUUUAUAUGUAGAGUUUUGCAAUCAGUUACGAGAAAUAAUUGC